AUGGCGGACCUGCGUGCUCCCUGGACCUUCCUCGAACAAAAACACACUUGUACCCAAAACCAACUCCGCCACCUGAAGGUUCCCAGCAACAGCAACUGCACAAACGACGUUAGCACCACCGGCAGCAACGACAGGAACCAGUUCUUCCCCUCCUGCGCCCAGCAUGUCACGAUACUCGAAAAACGACUUCGGCAGUACAAGAAGCAGCUGUACGAAGAUGCCUACAACGGCAAUUGGGUAGACGAACUGUGCGACGAUGUGAGGCAUAUCCUGGAGGAUCGACCGGCCCGCGACAACGCGCACCUCGUCUCCCUGGAAUGGCUCCAGUACUGUGUCCUCGCGCCCCUAUCGCAAAAGAACGAGGCGCCCGUCGACGUGGCCGCCAUACGUCGUCUGCUGAAAGACCCCCACGUCGUUUCGCUGGAGAUCUUCGAUCGCCUUGACAGAGAUGAUACGGUCAUCGAAGAUGUCUAUGCUGCCGUCCUCAACGCCAAGCCGAAGUCUACAGCCCCCAAGCCAUCUCACAGUCCACGGACUUCGGCGACCAAUACCACAGCAGAACCCACCUUUGAGACUCUCACGCCACCUCAGUCCUCACUGGUCCCCGUUUCCAAAGCACCGGAAGAGCCUCAACACCCCUUGACGGCAAUGCCCACCAAGAUGAUGCGCCGUCCCCCUGCUCGCGGCAUUGAGGUCCACCAGGAGAAGCCCCUAGCCGUAGAUGCGCUUCGGCCGGGAGUAGAGCGCAACGCCGUGCUAGUCCCCGCCUCCAUAGACCUAGAAACGCACUUCGAGCCGUACCGAAUCCGCCUGCAACUCUCGCUGAGCGUCUGGCUCCGAGCCGUGGACAACCCCCCGCGGAUCGUCAUCAUCCGGAACGAGAACCGACACGCCGAAGCCCGCCACCCGGAGUUCUUCAGCAUGAUCGAUGACUUCUUCGGCACCUUCACGCACUGGGUCCUUACCUCGUGGGUGGGCGAUGCUGUCCACCGCGGGGUCGCAGCCAACAUCCUGGACUACGUGCACGGCAAGUGGCCUGAGGCCAUGGCCGACAUGCAGCAGAAGGAUCGCAACGUAUCCAUCAGCAGUAUGCGGCGCUUCCCGGACAUCACCAAUGCCCCGGUCGACCCGCCCUGGGCCGGACUCAGCCGAAUUGAGAGGGCGGAUCGCCAUGCCGGCAGCGAGCGAGCGAGAAGAGGUGCAGCACGCAACGCGGAUCAGCCGUUGCGGAAAGUCACGGGCAAUGUCACAGGCAAUGAUUGGGUUAUUGACAUUCCGGACAGAUGGUAG